GUUGCAACUCGCUGUCGUUGGCACCGGUGGCGCGAGACUAUGGACUUCGGCUUCUAUUCCCUUUCUCUUUCCGGAAUUCCGGUCCCCUUUCGUGCAGGAUAAGGCAGUCGACGAAUCCAAACUCUUGGUUUGUUAACAGUUCUUCCGCCGCUCGCCAGUGGUACCGAUUGAUACAGUUUCACUUCUUACGCUGUAAAACCAGCAGACCCUCUCUAGGAAUGGCGGAGAAGUUGGCACCAGAGAAGCGCCAUAGCUUCGUUCAAGGCGGUCAAAAGGUUUUUGAAUGGGAUCAAACGCUCGAGGAGGUCAAUAUUUACAUCACUCUUCCGCCCAACGUUCCUACGAAGCUCUUCUACUGCAAGAUACAGUCCAAGCAUGUUGAAGUUGGGAUCAAGGGCAACUCUCCUUAUCUUAAUCACGAUCUCACGGGUCCUGUGAAGACUGAUUCUUCAUUUUGGACUCUAGAGGAUGAUAUAAUGCACAUAACACUUCAGAAGAGAGACAAAGGUCAGACUUGGUCUUCUCCUAUAUCAGGUCAGGGCCAACUGGAUCCGUACUCGGCUGAUCUUGAACAGAAGCGCCUUAUGCUUCAGAGAUUCCAAGAAGAGAACCCAGGGUUUGACUUCUCUCAAGCUCAGUUUACUGGAAAUUGCCCUGAUCCACGGACAUUCAUGGGUGGGAUCCGCUCUAAUUGAUGUCACUAGUACGAUCUGUCUCAGGCGAUUCUAUUAACUUUGCCCUCGAACCAUAAACUAUGAUAUUAGUAAAGGGAAAUGUAUAAUAAGCAUCUUCAUAUCUGUGUUAUAUGACCAUAUCAGUGUAAUAACUAUUUAUGCAUGUGACCUCUGUAGAACAUUUCUUAUUGUAACCGCUUCUGGCAAUGAGUUCUUGCUGCUGAGACGUGCUAAUUGCCGAUUCAGUCACUUGCUUUUACUAGUAAA